GACGCAGCACCCGGCCGCCCGCACUCCCGCCCUCGGCACCCCGGCGCCCGCACCAUGGUCCCGCUGCUCCUCCUGCUCCUGGCGACGGCCCGCGGCAUGGCCCAGGGCUCGUACAGACCCACCCUGGCCAGCCCCACCCUGGGGGCCCAGAUCACCACCUCCACCUUCGUGCUGGAGCAGCCCCGCUGUGUCUUCAACAUUCAAGACGACGUCGUCAUCUGGCUGGUGGUGGCUGUCCCCGAGGCCGUAUCCAACUUCAACAACAGCGUGGAGCCGGGGACCCCCGAGAGGGCGUUCCAGGGGUUCCCCACCAGUGCUCCCGCCUACAUGACCCUCAACACCACCCUCCUCAACUACCCCUGCCCCAAAGCCCCCGGCGACAUCACGGUGCUGCACGUCGGCAUCGAGGCCAGCUGCGCCAGGGAUGAGAAAAGACCCACCUGCAACGGCCCCCUGCCCGGCCCCGGGCCGUACCGGGUGAAGUUCCUCGCCCUGAAGGGCUCCGAGCCCGUGGCCGAGACAGCCUGGUCAGAGCCCAUCACCCUGAGGACAGCCCGGCAGCCCGGCAGCAUCCCCGCCAGGGGCAGUGGGCACAGCGCCGGCACGAUCGCCCUCACCUCCAUCCUCUCCAUCCUCUUCGCCAUCCUGCUGGCCGGCCUGCUGGCCAUGCUGGUUUUUUGGGGCUCGGAGGCCUGGGGUGGCAGCAGCACCUUCAGCAAGCCGGAGGCGGUGACGGUGCGGCGGUACAACACCCAUCACGUCUACGACCAGCCGGCCGCCCGGCUCUGAGCCCCCGCGCCGCCCGCCCGCACUCCCACGGGUGCCCCGGCAAUUGCACCACGGGUGUCGGUGACACGACGCCCGUCACCGGGGCACGGCCAGAGCUGCCCCGUGGACCAGGGCCCCGGCGAGCCGCGAUGGAGCGGGGGAUUAAAGGCUUUUCCACGCGC